AUGUCAUUGAGAAACGAUAUGGGUUUUUAUAAUGGAAGAUCAAAUAAUCAAAAUCGAAAUCCGGAAAUAACAAAUUACAUGUCAAAUUUAAUGAAGAAAUUUAAUAAAGAUUAUGAGAGGAGAAGAAAACAAGAUGAAAAUUUUUCUCAUCAUUUCAUGGGUUCUCCAGAAUUUAACAUUUUAACAACGAUGGACGUUGAAUUUUACGCAAUUGAAAAUUCUAAAACUCAUCACACGGAUAAAUUUGAACUCGUACAACAAGAUCCGAAAAUUCCUAUUUUAAGACGCGGACAACAUUUUUUUAUUGCCGUUAAAUUUAAUAGAAAAAUUAAUUUUGAAAAUGACGUCAUACGUUUGAUUUUUAUUUUCGGUCCGAAACCAUCUGUUAACAAAGGUACAAGAGCGAUUGUUCAAGUUGUUAAAAAAGAUGAAUUAAACGAAGAUAAAUGGGAUGCUGCAGUACACGAAAUCAACGGUGAUAUUGUUUCCAUAAAGGUUAACAUUCCUGUCGUUUCACCUGUCGGACUUUGGAAUCUUAACAUUCAAACCUCUUCGACGGAUGUGACGUCAUCAUUUAAAAAUUACAAAUGUAAAAAAGAUAUUUACGUACUUUUCAAUCCGUGGUGCAAAGACGACGAAGUUUAUUUAGAAGAUGAAAAUGAAAGAAAUGAAUACGUUUUAAACGACACUGGAAAAAUAUGGAUGGGUUCUUAUUUGAAACCCAAAGGUAGAAGAUGGUUUUACGGACAGUUUGAUGACGUUGUACUUCCUGCCGUCGUACACCUUUUGGAAAAAUCAAAAUUGAAACAUGGUGAAAGAGGAAAUGUUAUACAAAUGGCCAGAGCUAUUUCCGCUGUUGUUAAUUCAGAAGAUGAAGAUGGUUUAAUAGAAGGAAAAUGGGUUGGUGAUUUUGCCGGUGGUACGUCACCAUUUGCAUGGACCGGAUCCGUCGCCAUUAUGGAAAAUUAUCUUAAAAGUAAUGGAAAAUCGGUGAAAUACGGACAAUGUUGGGUAUUUUCAGGUGCGGCGGUUACUAUAUGUAGAGCAUUGGGAAUACCGGCAAGACCCGUUACUAAUUAUGCUUCUGCACACGAUACUAACAGUUCUUUAACAUUGGAUAAAUAUUUCACUCGUGAUGGUACAGAAAUAGAAGGAGGUCCCGAUGGUGAUUGUUAUGAUUCGUGUUGGAAUUUUCACGUUUGGGUUGACGUUUGGAUGAAAAGACCUGACCUUCCACCUUCAUUUAGCGGUUGGCAAAUUAUUGACUCAACACCUCAAGAAUUAAGUGAUAAUGCUUAUAAAUGUGGGCCAGCACCUAUAGAAGCCGUACGUAGAGGAGAAAUCGGUUAUUUAUAUGACACUCCUUUUGCAUUUGCCGCUGUCAAUGCCGACAUAUUGCAUUUUCAAGAAGAUGAUGAAUCACCUUGGGGAUUUUCAAGAUUAAAUUUUGACGAUUGUCACGUUGGUAAAAAAUUAGUUACAAAAAAAGUUGGAGUCGAUGAUGACGAUGAAGAUAGCGUCAACGAUAUGGAAGACGUGACUAAUCUAUAUAAAAAUCCAGAAGGAUCAACAUCUGAACGUUUGGCCGUACUGACAGCCAUUCGUAAAAGUAGAAAAGCGAGAAUUCAAUAUGAUAUCGCAUUACCGCACGAAGAAGAUGUCGUGUUUCGAUUGGAUGAAAUUGAUACCAUCGAUUACGGUCAAUCGUUUCGAGUUAUUGUGAGAAUUGAAAACAAUUCAGAAGAGCCAAGAACCAUACAAGCAACAAUGGCAGCAAAUUCUGUUUUUUACACGGGUGUGUCGGCAUACGAUUUAAAAAAAGCUUCAGGUACGAUGCAUUUAAAGGGAAGAACAACCGAAAUAAUGCACAUAACGAUAACUCCCGAGGAAUAUUUGGACAAACUCGUUGAUCACAGUCUCGUUAAAAUAUUCAGCAUAGCAACGGUUAAAGAAACAAAACAAAAUUGGAGCAAAGAAGAUUAUUUUUCAUUUACAAAACCUUCGAUUGACAUAACCGUUAGCGGUCAUCUCAAAGUCGGGUAUCCCGUCACCGCAUAUUUCACGUUUAAAAAUCCAAUUUACCGUAGAUUGACCGAUUGUACCGUGAGUUUUGAAGGACCUGGUCUUCAGAGGCCUAAAUUAGUAAAUUUUGCAGAUGUCGAACCCAACGAUGACGUUCAUUUUACCGAAACUUUCGUGCCGAAAAAAUCAGGGCCGAGAAAAAUCAUGGCGUUGUUCAAUAGCAAAUUAUUAAAUAACGUCACCGCUCCCGUCAUUAAAUAA